UAAGAAUGAUUAGGAAGGCAAGUCGAGCCAAAGCUUGUCGGUCGUUUAACCGAAGAGUUGGUCGUCAUUGGACAACAUUAUGGGUUCAUCUAUCGGAUGGAUUAAUGUCACUAUUUCUGACUACGGCUGUGGUAAAUGGUGGUACAGAACAUAUGAUCUUAACACGAUAUAGGUAACGGUACAGUUGAGCUGUAUUGCUAACUGUGACUAACUUCUUAGCGCUAACCAAAUUAGCUAACGUUAAUUGACGGUAGUUAAGGGUCAUUAAGAAUGUCAACCGUUAGUCUGGCGUCGCAUAGAGAAAGUUGACGGUUUUUAUUUCUUUUUUUUUUUUAAAUUUUCAGCUCGACGGGGAAGUAUGUUGUCAGCCAACGGCCUAGUGUCGCUAACAACAGCAGAAAGCCACAACAAUAAAUUAAUUAGAUGGAGGUUUUGUUAUGAAAUUAAAAAAACAAAACACUUUAACAACCUCUUUGUAGGGAGACCAUUGACUUGUGUAUCAUGCCCGAACAUACUGAUAAUACUACAGCUCCAUCUGGUGGUUACAGUUCAAUCUAGCGCUACGGUUCACAGAAUUGGUGUCUGUGGUUAUUUUAUUUAAAUAUCAGGAGAACCUAAUGUCCAAAUACAAGUAGGAUUAGACAUGUACAUAAAACUAAACAUAUACAAAACUAAACAUUUUCAACCAAAGUAUACAAUCCGUAUCCUGCAGUGUGUUGGCUGGCUGUAUGCACACGUUAGCUCUAGGGACAGACAUAAAGGUUGCUCACCAUUAGCUUAUACAAAUGGCAACAAUGGUAACAUUACUUGUAAUAAUCUUGAUACACUACACGGUGUUACAUGUGUUGCACACUUGUCUGAGAUAUUUGGAAUGUGACCAUUUUAGUUAACUGGUGAAAAGUUUGUAUACAGAAUAUUGGUGGAAGUGUAAUAUUGAAAAUAUUUUGGAAGUCAGUAUACUUAUUGUAAACUUUGGUGAGGGUAACAGACUUGCAUAGAUAUGGAUAAAGAAAAUGAUAUGGUUAAUAUGAUUCAGAUAUGAAGGUUAAAGAAUACAUGGAAACUGAUGUGGUUGGUAGAGUACAUAGAAUGAUGAUGAUGAUGGUGGUUAGAGAUCUGUGAUAGCAUUCUUAUCACGGUCAGAGUCUUUGUACAUUUUAGAGUGAAAUUUCUUUAGCCCAUGCUGGUUCAUAUUCUUCUUACAUUAUUUUUUCUUAAAGAUGUUUUUUCUAGAAUGCUGUAUUUUUCUGACCCUCUUUUAUUGUUUAUUCACUGUUUAAUGCUAUUUUAGGGAGACACUAAAAUAGUUAAGGCAUGUGGACAAGAGCACACUCAUUUAUCCUUAGAAAUAGUAAUCUGAAGUGGUAUUAUAAUUACUUAAUGUAGGCUCCAACUUCAGUUUUAUGCAGGUGGUGAUUCUACAACUGCAGCAUGCAGCCGGGUGAGGCACAAAAAGGGCUUUCUAGCAAAAGUGAGCUGUUUGAUUCGCUGAAGGUGUAUCUGAACAACAAGAACAGACUACAACCCAUUAUUGGCCUGGGCAGCAUUAUAGAAUGUGUGAAGGUGGGUGCAAGCAAGAGAGAAGCUUUCUACCUGUGUGAGGUGUGUGUGAGUCGACUUAGUAAAGCUGACAUGCGGAACCACAUUAUGGGAAGUCUCCACAGAUACAACUACAUUAAAGCCUGGUAUCCCCAUUUAAUGUAUGAACGGAAAGAGAACGCUGACCUGUGUAAGAUGGCCUGGCCACUGAUGGAGAUAGCCAAGACAAUUGAGGGAAAAGAGGGAACUGGAGAUAUCCAGUUGAUAGAGGUUGAAGAUGCUGUAUACUGGAAGAUGGCAACACACAGUGAGAAUGAUGCAGUAACUCUGAUAAAUUCCUUAAGAGAUGGGCAAGGGCAAGGUGAACCUGAGAGCCAUUUGGAAACUAUGUCUGUGCAGCUGGAGCACUAUCCCAUCCAAUCACAGAAGACUGUAUUGCUUUCCCAGAACCAAUGGAGACGGUCCGGGAAAUCCUUCAAGGAUGGCAUGAUAAUACAUAAGAGCUCAGCACAGACUAACAAGCCUCCCCCUCUGAUAAGGUCAACUGUAGUUCCUCCAAUUAAUUCAGAAGACGGGUUCAAAAACAUCUCAACAUCACAGUUAGAGAAUACGCAGAUGUCACCUGAACCCUCUGUGCUAUCAGAGAACAGAAAGAGCUUUCUUGAUUGCUACACAGGAACCAAGCCUCUUAUUGGUCUUGUCCACGUGGUUGAGUGUAGGAGUGAAGAUGGCUGCACAUACAUUUUUUUAUGCCACUGCUGCCGCAUCAGAUCCAACAAAAAGGACAUAAUUGAUCACCUAACCAGCUCUUCCCAUCUCCUCAACUACUUGAUGGAAACUCAUCCUGAGCAGGUGGAAGUAAUGUCAGCAGAUAUUAAUGACAACUGUCAGUUUCUCAUAUCACUGGCCAGGAAAGUGGAGCAAGAAGAGGGCAGAGGAGUGCUGAAGGUGGUAAACCUACCAGAAUCACUAUGUAUCCCAUUGACAUGCAAAAGUUACCACUGGUGUAUGAAGAUGCUGUGUAAUGGAUGGACGCGUACUAGCACCCAAAAAAACAAAACUGUCAAAGGGCCGAGCGUGAACAAGACCUCAGUUGAAGGCAUACCAGAUAAAAAUGCUGUAGUGCUGUCAAAAUGGGCAAAAAGGAUGACAACAAAGAGGAAGAUGAGAAAAGGGACUAAUACUGUGUUCAAGGUAAGCUUGCCUCUUACCAAAGGUUCAGUGCUGCUGGAGAGGAUGUCUUUCAGCAAGGACAACCGCCCGAUGUCAUAUUCACAUUCAUCGACCUCAGACCUCAUUCCAUUGCCAAAGUCCCAGACAGAGGACAGUGAGUUGGAUGCUGGAUCAUUUGCAAUUAACCAUGCUGAACACACCUCAGUGUGUACAACCUUACAACUUCAGCAAGACCUCUAUAGUGGAGAUGCAGAGGGUGGUCAGUACAUGGGACCAGGGAGAAACUUCACAGUAACUCAGUAUCAAGAUGUGGAUGAUUACUCCAGUGAUAAUGAAUACUUCAGCCAGCCUGAAGACAUUGCUGGGACAAAAGACCAAAAGGUUUAUGAGGAAAGGAAUUACGACAGACAGCAGGAUUCUCAAGAAAGAUCAAGUAAGAACUUUAAUAUGAAGUUGACAAAUGAAGACCUACAAAAACAAAAUGAAGGGUUGUCGACUGCUGUGUCCCACACUUGGGACUUGUCAUCUUAUAACUCUUACAGACGUGAGAAGGGUUACACUGAGCAUUGGUACAGUUCAGCUUCACAGAGUAAGGUUGGCACAAGAGUGGAAGUUUCAAGAGAAGAGAGACCGAAGGAGAUGAACUCAGAUGUUACUCAACGUUAUUACCAACAACAGCCCCAAAAUCAGUACAUGGCACCAGAUCAUACAAGUCUUCAGACAGGCAGUGUGUGGCAUCACAGUUUGUCUGGUGAAUUCACUCCUCAUUUAGAUGCUUCUAGGAUCAACAUGCAUCCUCACUCAGGAGAUGUCCUUGCUCACAGAGACAGCAUUGCACAAGAGCCUAGAAUACACUUUCUCGAUACUGAACAGAGGCAAUUGCAGCCAUACAUGGAGUUCACCCCUAGCCGUGUCCAGACGACUCCACAAAGUUAUAUAAAACCUGUGGCCUAUCAAGCCAUUCAAAUAGGCCACGGAUUGAUGUCUGACCCCAACUACAGUAAUGGACCUAGGAUGAACCCUGACCAGCGCUUUCCUCAUCCAGACAGCAGCAGUGGUGGUGGUGGGGGUAUGCCCCAGUCAAAUGUUUUCAUCCCACCUGUGCAAGCUCUGUGUUAUGGAACCCUCACUGAUCUCAAUUUCAGAGACUAACAGGUUGUCAGGUUUGAUGAUUUCAAGAAGUGUAGCUAGACCAACUCCAUUUAUGCUUUCAUAUCCCAAUUUUAAUUCUGCAUAGAUUGCCACACCUCAUGUAGACCACCGUUCUACUCAAGGGAGUGGUUUUGACAUUGAAUGAAUCACACUUAAAUGGUGCAGCAUGGGUUAAUCGUGCUGUUUUUUUUUUUUUUUUUUUAUAAUUUUCCUCUAAAAUAAAUGUAUCUGGUUUUUCAGAAAUGGAAGUCCCUUUAAUGGAGGGAUGUCUUGUCUGUAGUGAAACAACUGUCAUGGCUACUGAGAUCAGGAUUCAGCUCUGUCCCCGAUCACUUUCAGUUUCAGCAUUAUUUUAUAUGAUAAAAUGUUUUGUUUUUUUUAUGUCAAACUGACAGGGUUUUUGCAUUUUUAUUCAUGAAAAUUUUAAAACAUAAGAUUUUGGACCAUUAGAAUGAAAUCAGUCUAGAUUGUGACUUUUUUUUUUUUUUUUUUUGGACAUGUUUGGAGAUACCUGUGUUAUAGGUGAAAGAGUAGCUACUAUAUCAUCCGGUUACAUUAAAAACAAACGCUAGUGCUUUUUGAUUUAGAAUUUAAGAUAUUUAUAAUGAUACCCUGUGUUAUUCUUAUUUGAGAAUUAUAAUAGGGACUUGGGCCACACAAGCAGAACUGGAGAUUAAGAGACCAUUUAAAGGGAAAGUUUUUGGAUUUUAUUGACAUAUUUCUAGGUGUCACAUGCAUCCUAACCCUAACCAAGUUAGAGUGAAAAAACAUGCUAGCUAAUAUUAAGCAUCAAACUUUUUUAGCAGCUGGCUGUUUUUCAGCAUUUUAUAAAUUGCAUUAGUUCAGAGCAACAGCAGUGACAUUAACCUUUUCAAAUAACACAGACUGUGGUUUGUGGUUGUCACUAAAUAAAGUGAACUUCUAAAACCUUUGUGCCAAUGCCACUGCAUUUAUGUAUAAACUGAGCCAGAAUAACUCAGAAGAAUUUGCUAUAAAAUUCAUUAAAUGUGUGAUGGCUCACUUAAGGUUUGUACUUGAGUGAAUUUGCUCAACUUUUGAAAUAAGUGUUAAUGUGAAAUGUUCAAAUGAAAUCAGAAAUGUGCUGAUUAGCCAGUUACUUAAUAAAGCACUGCUGGUGUUAUUUGGAUGAUUUUACCCCUUUUGCUGUUUUUUUUUUUCUCGUUUUUUUUUUGGUUGCACCCCUGAAGAUAGUAUAGAUGUGUUGACUAUGAUGUAUAAUCAAAUGAUAUGAGAUCAAAUAUAGAUUUCACUGUUAGGUGGAGUUCAUAUGUCUUUAAGCAUAGACAUUGUAAAGUUCUUUCAGUUUUUGAGUUGUGGGUUUUGGUUUCAGUGUAAGGUGACAUUGUAAGAUGCCUGUAAUUAAGUUACUGAGAUGUGUUUUGAGUCUGUUGUAAUUAAGUUUCAAGGCUCAGCAGAACCUCUUAACCCAUUUAUUCAACCUUUGGCCGAACUCGGCUCUUUGUGGUACACCAGCAUUGUCCAAGUCCUCUAAUGAUCCACUGAAUCCAUCAUAAAAAGGAAAUCAUGCUUAUAUAUUUUGACAUACCAUGACCAAUGUAAUUGUACUUAAACAACUGUCAUUCAGUACCAGGUUAAACUACCAGCAAUCAACUUUUAAAAAAAAAUCCAAUAAAGGUAUCACUCAAUAGAGGUACACUAGGUUGUUAUAAACAAGAUUUGGGAAACGAUGUAAGUGAUGAAUCUAUCACCAUAUAACAAUGGAAGGCUACAAAACAGAUGUUGUAUUCGUCUUGUCAACUGGUGUAAGAAUGCAAAUGCAUAUUGAUGUGGUACAUAAAUGAGCUCUGUAAAUUUGCAAAUGUCUUAGUUUUCUCAUUUAGGAGGUUGAAUCGUGUCCUCCUUCCCUAAAUCUAUUGACUACAUUAGAAACUGCUAUUUGCAUUAUAACAGAGGGGAAACGAAUGGUGAAUAAGGAUGUGCAGUCUCUUAAAUUGGACAUUUAAACAUUAAUAAUUAAGAUGGAAAUAAAGGUUAACAUUAAGAGAACUGAAAGUUGAUUUUAUGAGACUGCAGACUCAGUGUAACUGCAAAACGACAGUGAAAUUCAACACGGAAAUUUUGUCCACAGUGAUGAGAGAACAUUUAAAGCAAAUAACCUUACAGUAAACGUACAAGCAUUGCUUUAUUU